GCAUUUGUGCAUCGAAAUAAAAAUGUUGCAAGGUCGUCGACCUGGUCGUGGAUGUAUUUGCAGUUUGUCAGUUUGAAAGAAAACGUCCGCGUUGUUUGAGGUGCGUCGUGAUAAAGAACUGGGGCUCGAGCGGAGGUACAGCGUUCAGGGGCGAAAUGGAGCUUACUUCGGUCGUGGCCUUCAUCGCUGCGGUGGGCGUGUUGACUGCUUGUGGCCCUGCUGCGGCAGCAGACAUAAUAGUCGACAAGAAAGGAGUCAGUCUUACGUUUGAUGGUAUUGGUGGUCUAAGUGGCGGUGGUGCAACGUCGCGACUCUUGGUGGACUACAAGGAACCUCAACGCAGCCAGAUAUUGGACUACCUCUUCCUGCCAAACUAUGGUGCCUCUCUACAUAUCCUCAAGGUGGAAAUUGGUGGUGAUUCUCAGUCCACUGAUGGCACUGAAAGCAGUCAUAUGCACUCUGCCGACGACCUGGACUAUCACCGUGGCUACGAAUGGUGGCUGAUGGUGGAAGCGAAGAAGCGCAACCCCGACAUCAAGCUGUACGGACUUGCCUGGGCCUAUCCCGGCUGGGUGGGAAAUGGAUCUGGAAGUCCGUUCCAGUUUCCCAACCUGACUUCCUCGUACAUAGUAAAGUGGCUGGAGGGUGCCAAAAAGGUCUAUGAUCUAGACAUUGACUACAUUGGCAUCUGGAACGAGCGCUCCUCGUCUGCUUCGUAUGUUGUGGCCCUGCGUAAUGCACUGAACAAGGCCGGAUUCGAGAAGACACUCAUUGUUGCCAAGGACGGCGGCGCUGACAUCUGCAACAGCAUGGCUGCCGACAAAGCGUACGCCGAUGCUGUGGACGUUAUUGGGCUCCACUACCCGAGCGAUUUCUCAAACUUCUCGCUGUGCCACUCGUUCAAUAAGCCGUUCUGGGCCAGCGAGGAGUCAAGUAGUUAUGACGACGCCAACGGUGCGGCAUGCUGGGCUCGUGUGAUCAACUCGCACUGGGUGCUGCAGCAGAUGACGUCCAGUAUUAUGUGGAACUUGGUCGGCAGCUACUACCACGGCACCAACUGGUAUGCCAGCAGCAUGCUGACAGCGGUGCAGCCCUGGAGUGGUCACUACUGGGUAGCCCCGGUGGUAUGGGCCACCGCUCACGUCACUCAGUUCACCAAAGUUGGCUGGAAGUAUCUGAAGAAUGGCGCCGGCUCGGGAAUACUGGCCAACGGCGGGUAUUACGCUACGUUGGUCGACCCGAACAGCAACGACUUGACCAUCAUCAUUGUGAAGAUCUCCAAGGAGCAUGCACCCUGCACUCGCCCUGGCCUUCCUGACUUCAACACAUCAGCAGAAGAAGUCGAGUUUAUGCUGGACAGCUCUCUGGGCGACGUCAGGAACUUGCAAGUGUGGCAUUCCAAUUUCGAGAAGGGCCCACCAUACACGACCUUUGAGCAGAAGCCAAUGAUCCACGUCGUGCAUAACCGCUUUACGUUGACGAUCGAGGUCGGAGACUAUUUCACCAUUACCACUCUGAACGUGGGUAAGAAAGGAACAGUUGACAGCAUUCCAGAGUCGCAGCCACGUUUCCCGCUGCCCUACUCUGACUCGUUUGACAAUACAUUUGAGUCUCAGGAGGCACCCUUCUUCGCUGAUCAGAUCGGCGCGUUUGAGGUGCACCCGGCAUCGGUUGGUGCCGCCGAACACAAGAACGUGAUGAGGCAGAUGGUGCCGCAGCUGCCCAUUGGCUGGUCGGACCACGGCUCGCGCGGGCCAAUGACGGUGAUCGGGAUGCGCGAGUGGCAGGACCUCACCGUCACCGUCGACUUUCUGUUCCCGGCGAACGCUCCCGCCGACACUGCCGCGUGCGUGGCCACCCGCUCCGAUCAGAUGUGGAACAACGGCAUCGUGUUCUGCGUCGACAGUGCAGGCAAGUACAAUCUCACCACGGCUGGUCCGUUCCUGAUCUCGCACACCAGCCAGCCAGUCAACCCCACCCUGCACAACGGUGUCCUGCAGGGCUUCAGUGCCAACAGCUGGCACCAGCUGAGCCUGACCACUAUCGGCGGCAAGGCCACCGGCUCGCUGGACAGCAAGGUGCUGUUCAACAACUCGCCCGUGCGCGACAUCGACACCGGAUUCGUGGCCAUGGGCACGAACGGCUGGACUGCCGUUGAGUUUGACAACGUGCGCAUUGGCGAGGCCGGCACCAAGUGGUCGCCGCCGGCUGCGGCGGCCUGUGCCGCGCCGAAAUCGGGCGCAGUCCUCUCGGCGCGUAACUGCACGCGCAACGGCCUGGCGUCGGCCGACCAGAUGUUCCUACUGGUACCCGACUACUCCAUUCAGCACGUGCCCAGCGGCUUGUGCGUCACGGCCCAGAAGAUUGCGGCUGGUGGCGACCUGACCCUGCAGCCGUGCUCCGGCAGUAGCGACCAGACGUUCGUGAACGACUACACGAACAUCCGCAACCGCCUCGAGCCCAUGCACAUGCAAUCGCUGGUGCUGGCCGGCUCUACCAAGGGCGCCGUUAGCCUGCAGGCGGAGCACGCCAGCGGCGUCUGGUCCUACUGGUCCUACUUUCCAAACACGCAGCAGCUGCGCAACCAGUACACGGCGCGCACACAGCUCGGCUACCCGAUGUGCCUGUCCGCCUGCCCGCCCACGGCCUGAGUAUCCCAACACGUAACUUUGCAAGCUCUGUACUGCUAGCAUCGCUUUCCACACGCCCCUUUACACCAUCAGCAUUGCCGCUAUUGUCUCUUAUAUUAUUAUUUCAAAUUUCCAAAGGCAUUUGUGUACGUACUCCCCCAAUUUCCCCAUCGAUUUAUAGACCAUACAAUUCAGUGCACAUUUCCCCUGAGCCCGAGCCCUAGCACCAUUUCAACUUAAAUCUGCUUCCAUUUUUUUGGUUGUGGAGCGGAUUCAACCCAUGUAGCCCCGAGUGUUUUUAGUUUGUCUGCUGUUUGUCUGCUGUUUGUGUUGUUUGUCUGCUGUUUAUCUGCUGUUUGUCUGCUGUUUGUCUGCUGUUUGUCUGCUGUUUGUCUUCUGUUUGUAUUGUUUGGGUGUUUAGUUAGGUGUUUUAGCUGGAGACAAUGACCUGUCAACGUUAGUUCGUACUUCCGUAGGCUUUGAUUGUUGGACGGAUUUUGUUUCUCGACUGCUUUGUUUGCGGUUGAUUCUUCGCCUUUAACAGUCUAUGUCAGUCGCUCAUUUAGCCAAGCAAGAAAUUGCCAAAUCCUU